AAACAUCAUUCAAGUUUUAACUUUGCUUUCUGGAUAAACUUCAUUCAUUUCCUCUACAGGUCAGUCUUACGUGCAAAGUGGGGCCUCAGAGUUGGAGGCUCUUCAGGAGGCCUACAGGCAGGUCCAUGCUGUGGAGGAUUCAGAUGACCGUGGUCAUCAUACCUCAUCUUUGGAAGUGAGAUGGAGCAUCAACAGACCUCUGUCUCCUUCCUCUCCUCCUCAACGUGCCCAACAGUCUCUGCAGCCUGUUUCUACCAGUGAGUCAGAGCUGCCCACUGCAGAAGAGCUGAUGAGGCUCCUCCGACCAGAGGCAGCUCAAAUUAGAGGCUUCACCCUCCAGCCUGUCAGUGUUGUGGAGCCCAACCAAGAAAAGACUUCCAGGGGACUGGAAAGGGCAUUCCCGGAUGAGGCACAGCACCCUGCAGCUGCAGCAAUAAAUGGGGCCGAGGAGUCGACAAGCCACCCAAUCAGUGCUGCUCACCCCCCCAACAAGGAUCUGAUUUGCAGCAUCAGAGCAGAAGUAGACAAGCUGAUGCAGGAUCAUACCAAAAGCUCUUCUCUCACAUCAUCUCACACUGGCAAAACUAAGAAACACCCGGCCUCCCGUGGCUCCCUUACUUCUCCUUCCUGUACCUCUUCAAUGAGACAAGCCACUCCAGCUCCUGUAAGAGGCAAGCGCCUGGAUGGGAGAACGGCGGUGACUUCAAGGUCAUCGGGGAUAAGUAGAGGUUCUGCUACACCAGCCAAAACCCGGUCUGCUGUUUCCUCACAGUGUCCACACAGAGCGAACCACGAAGACUGCUGGGACUGCACAGAACCAGGAGUAACAGUGAGGAAUGAACUAGUGGCAUCUGUUCAGUCCUUAGUGGCUGUCCUCCAGCAGCAAAUAGAUGCUACCAAACACCAGGAUUCUGCACAGGAAGUCAGAGAAACCAGGCUGGAGCAACAUCUUCCACAGAUCAGUACUGGCCACGACAGCUCCGUGCUGGAGGAGCUGAGGAUGCAGCUGGCACAGAAGGAGAGGGAGCUGCAGAUGAUGAAGGCAGGAGCAGAGGAGCUCAGCUCACUCAGACAGCAGAAUUACCUACUGCAAAGCAAGCUGAGAAGUGCAGAAGAAGCCAGUCAGAAGAAGAGGUGGGUGGAGGCUGCAGAUGUUGCUGCAGAUGAGAAGUUCCAGCAGAUUGAUAAAGAAAUAAAAGAGCAGGAGGCACUCAUAAAAGGUUACCAACAGGAGAAUGAGAAGCUGUAUUUACAGAUGAAGGCUCAGCAGGCCAAGAGUAAAGCUAAUGAGGAGGCCAUGUUUAAAGAAAACCAGCGGCUGCUGAAUGAGCUGGCUGCCACCAGGGAGCAGCUGCAUAAAACUUCGAGGCCAGUGGGAAGUAUAUGCUUAACGGAUCAGACUCCACGCAUUGCAGACUUGUUAGCGCAAAUAAACUCACUUCAGAGAAAUGAGGCCAAGAUGUCUGAGGACGUCCACAAGCUUAAGCAGGAAAAGCAGGCUCUGGAGGUGGACUUGCAGCUCAUUAAGAAAGAGAGAGACCUGGCUGAAGCCCGAGCCACCUCCACAUCGGGAAAUCAGACCUUUGAGAUGCGUGUAUUAGAGGACAGGCACCAGGAGGAAGUGACAGCCCUUAAGAAAAAACUGCAGUGGUUUGCUGAGAAGCAGGAGAUGCUGGACAGAGAUGCUGGCAGGCUGAAGGCUGCUACAGCUGAGAUACACCAGCUCAGAGAACAGGUGAUGCUCCGCUCUCACACGAUG